AUGUAAUUCCUUGCUAAAUACAACUCUCUCUUACAAUAAUAUCCUCUAUUGACAAAAUCAGUGACUGGAGGUAUGACAUUUUAAUUAAUCAUAUAGGGUUUAUGUUCUUUGCAGGAGAUGCUGUAGUUUAGACAAUGGAAUCACAUAUUGCUAAAAAGAAUUAAUAACGUCAUGAGUAUGACUUUAGAAGAUUAGGAAUAGCUUGGCUUAUGGGUAAUGUAUUUAUGAUGCCUUUGUUUCACUAUAAUUUCACAUAUGCUUUACCAUGGUUAGUGAAAAGGUAACAUAAUUGUAUAUAAUACCUUAUAGAUUACCAUUUGAUACUACAACUCCUUUUAGAGCUGCAUUAGGAUCUGUAUUAAUUGAUUAAUCAGUUUGGGCAUGCUACAUUUUAUGCCAUUAUUUGAUGAUAAUUAAUUUAUUAGAAAGUGGUUCUGUGUAGAAAGGAAUAGAUGCAAUCAAAAAUAAUUUUGUAAAAGCCAUGAUUACAAAUUGGUAAAUUUGGCCAGCCGCAUAGAUUAUUAAUUUCUGGUUUAUUCCCAGACAUUAUCAAGUCUUAUGGGUAAAUUUUAUAGGAUUUUUUUGGAAUAUUUAUUUAAGUUACAUAUCACAUAAUUGA